AGGAACUUCCAUCCCACCACCUACUCGCUCAUUUCAUAAUCCCGUAAUCGGUGAGUUAGGACAUGUCGUUGUGUUUUCUCAGAUUGCAGAGGAAAGUAACACGGGAGAAACUGACAGUGAAAAAUGAAGAUUUUGUCUGCAGCAACUUUUCUCACCACAACUGAGCACAGUCAAACAACUUCUGAUUCAUUCGGAGCCAAUUCUGCCUGUGAGGAAAAGAGACUCAGCUGGAAGCAGCUUCGUCUCCACCCAAGCGCAGCAGCCACCUCAAGAGUGUGCAGUGAACUCUGCAGAGAAACUCCUUUUGGUUGUUCAGAGUGCUGCAUCCCUCCAGCAGGACAGACCACAGCCCCCAGGUAACUACUUCGUGGUUCAGGAGAUGUCACAUGAGUUUUUUUUGCCUGUACACGUGAAUAUUCAGGGCACCGGUUACUGCACUGAUGACCGUUUCUCACUCUAUCCGAAGAAUAACUCAUGGUUCAAAUGGAAGGGAUCUGGGCAACACAGCGUGAUGGAAAGGCUGGCAGCUAUUACAAAGCAUGGUGAGCACAAACGGGGAAUAAACUGCUCGGUCAGCAGAGCAAGAUUCAUUCCUAGACACAUGGCUAUUGAGUCUGUUUGAGCAAAACUCACUCCUAGACACGUGGCUAUCUCUGUGCAGAGAGAGCUGUGGUUUUCGAGAUGUCCAGCUGUAAGAGCUGUAACAAAAAGCAUUGCUUCUUCAGUCUUCCGGGUCCAAAGAAUUGUUCAGGCCUUCCCAGCUGUAUCAGUUGGUUUAGGAAAUGUUGCAGCUGCUGCCUGUAAUUUUUUUUCUCUCGUAUGCUUUGAAAUAGAUCUACCCUCAGCAGGACAGAUGAGGCACACUGCAGGCCCCGCUCAUGCGAAAGGUGUUGCCUUUGGAAGCCACUCCACGAUCUGUGGGAGCCCCACACCUGCAGAUACAAUUUAACUACUUAUUACUGCUUUUCUCUCCUCUGAAAAACUGCAGCAAGUCAAAGCAGCAGGAGUCUGGCCUGCGAUACUGCAAAGACAUGGAUACUGACCCUGCCUUUGCCUUCAGUUUCGCUGCAUGCCUCACCUGGUUCUCCCUUUGCUGCCGCUAUACCACAAACCCUGCCAGGUCAGGUUACUGCUCUGUUAUCUGGCUCUUCUAAGCCAUAUGUUGAAGGCCCCCCUCAGGAGGCUCUCGUGUAACAUUUCAGCUCCUGGAGACCAAGUGGUCUUUCAUUGGGACAGGAACAGCGAUGGGAGCAACAGCAGCUGAAAAGCGUUACGAGUUGGCUCUGUGCUACGAGGUACUUUCCCAUGAGAGGUCUUCAGCUGAACAGAGCAGCGGCGGUGAGUACAGAGGUUUUUAAAAAGUCUACAGCCCACCCCAGAUCCAGCUGUGGGCUGUAACAGAUAGACUGGAGGGCUUCUAACAGAUGCUGCUUAAAGCCUUGCUGCAUUUUACACCUUUCAGCUUCCUCACAAGAUGAAGUAGACUGAUCUGAAGUGCGUAUAUGUGUGGUUUGGUUUUCUUUUUUCUCCCCUUUCCCUUACAGACCGAAAGUGCAAUGAAGUAGCAGCAUCUAUCUGCUAGCAGGGUGCACACGGGCAGCCCCACACAGCCUCUGCUAGAAGAUGGACACCCACAGGAGCCUCGUGGGCACUGACAGCAGGUGUCCUGCCGCAGGGUCCUGCUUGCUCCCAGCAAUGCAAGUUUCACCUGCACUCCCCCUUCUCUUUGCGCUGGCAUGUAUUGGUGUAAACAUGUCCGCUACAGUUGUCAAGGAAUCAGAUAACAUGUGUGAAGAAACAAAGGUCCUGAAAGGAAUCCCAGAUGCAACAGUCCUCGUCGGAAAGAUAUUCUGUUAUCCAGUGCCAGUAUUUGCCUUUCAUGGAACAAUAACUCAAUACAAGGUCACUUUAGCUAGUGGUGCAAAUUUGCCAAGCUGGUUGGACUUCAAUCCCAACACAAACAUGCUGCAGGGACUGCCAAUGACUGGGGAGAGCGGAACAUACCUGCUAAGCAUAACUGCCUCUGGAAGAAAGUGCACCCAGAGAGCUGCUGUAAAGUUCACCAUCCAUGUUCAGGACAGCAUUUUAUUCCUGGACACGGAGAACAGCUUGAACCGCAUACCAAACAGGCACCAGUGUGGGAAGGAAGUUCCCAUCACUUCUGCUGAAAUCAUUCUCUCCACUGGAGCCAAAACCCUGGAAGCGCAGGAACGCCUCUACAUCGUGUACACAAUUGCUGCAUAUCUCCAUCUGGAUUCCUCCCUAGUAACCCUGCUGCAGUACACAGAUGUGGUGCACAGAAACUUGCAGAACCUGACUGUGCUGGCCAGAGACACUUCGCACAUUGAUUUCACAGUGAACCGUUACGUAGGACUCUCCUGGCCUGUCAAGUGUGGAGAGCUUGCUGUGCUCCACGAAUUCAUUCAAGUCCUACAACACAAUAUUGAUUCACAGCAUCUCUCACAACUCCUGCGAUAUGAAAUUUCAGGCUGGAGAAUACAUAGGAGAGGGAGUUGCAAAAAAAAGCCUCUGAGACAACAACGCAGGCAAUUAAUGAUCACGCCAACACCUACAUUGAAGGCAAUUAGAAUUACCCAGAGACCAGCUGCAGUUACUCCCCGUCCUUCAUUCUCUGCUGUGCCAAGUCAUUUGCUCUUACAACUUGCUGUAUCACUUACCCAAAGUUUAUAUAAAGAUAGUAUAACAACAAGUUACCAGUUGCAGAACAACAUCCAUUCUGUAAGUCAAGAAAGUUCAGUCACCUUAAAAAUGGACUCAGCUUUGGACAUGCCAACUAAUAAUCCAACUGUAGUUGUUAUGUUUGGAGAUACUGGUUCUUCAGAUCUUUCACCUUCUCUGGUUCCUAAAUCAGUGCUUCUCUUCACUGAGCAGAAAGCGCUGCCCAGCAGAGCUCCUGGCAUGUCCUUGCUGCUACAGCAACCUGAGCCUCACGUGUCUCAGACAGACUUAUAUUUCCAUUCUAGUAUAAUGGAAGUAUAUGGAUCCCACCUCCUGCAGGACAUCACCUCAAAUACAGACCUGCUUCCCAGACCCAUGUACACUCUGAUGAUAAACACUCUUCAUGAGCAGCCCCAUAACUUGACAGAAGCACUUUCUUCAAAGACAGAACAUCAUGUAUUUUUGCCACAAGAAACGUCAACAUCAGAAAUGCCGGAUUACAGUGAUAAGGCAAAAAGCCACAUUCCAAAAUCUGAAAUGCUUUCUAGUGCAACCCUGUCUCUAGAGAGGCUUCAGUCUCUAUCCCCAAACACUUUGCUAACAGCCACAGCUUCAUCUGAUUUCACAUUUCCCAUCAAUUAUAUAUUUCCACCUCCACCAGCAAGUAGUAGCCCAAGCCAGGAGUUAGCUCAUGGCCAUGAACUAUCAUCUAAGUCUUCUGUGACUGUGCCAUCAUCCUAUAGGCUUCUAUUUAUUGAAGGAAAAAGCACAGUUUCUUCUGUAAUCCAAUCAGAAGCACAGAUCCUCUAUCCCAAACUGAAUUUCCAUACUGAAAUCUCAGCCUGCUUUUCUAGCUCUUCGUACAGCCCUUUCCCUGGGGAAGCUGAAACAUCUUACGAAUCAAGUCUGCUCAUUCUGUCCCAUCCUGAUAGCACUCCAGUUCUUACUCUUACACCACCAAUUGUACAUUCUACUUAUGGUGAUAGCAUGCUCAAAACACAGAUGCAGUCUCCAAGUAUUUUAUCCACAAAGGAGUUGCACUCAGGCAGAGAUCUGGGAACACAAAUGAUUUUGCCAAACAUCACUGCGCCUACCCUGGAGUUCCACAAAAUCUCAGAUGUAUUGGUUGAUACCACAGAAGUAUCCCUGGUGAAUUUAUUUACUGCCACGUCUCAACCGUUCAACAGUGUGCCAGAGCUGAUUCAGACACUACCACCAUCACACCAGGAUGCAAGCACCUUGCAAUUUCCUACCGAUGAAACGCUACGAUCUGCAGAAAGUACAGGGAUUCUCCCUCUAUCUUCUAUUUCACAAGAGCUUGAGAAUAAAACCCCAGGGCAAACGAACACUUCUCCAAAGGUCGUUCAUUCAAUCCAAUUCAUAACAGCAACUAUUGGAUGCCUGUUCUCUUUUCCUGUAUCUGCCAACACAUUUUACGAUGAGGAAGAUGGCAAUUCAACUCAGUUAUCUUUACAGUUAAUUCCAGCUGAUGACUCUCCAGGGGGAUCAGAAAGCUGGCUUCAAUUUAAUGCGUCUCAGCAGACCAUGCAUGGCUAUCCCCUUGAUAUUGAUUUCCAGUAUUCACCUCAAGAGUUUGUUCUGUCUGCCACAGAUUCAGGGGGACUGACUGUCUGGCAAUCCUUCACCAUUGAGCUUCUGAAGCCCACAGAUGUCCCAUGCCACCUUUACACCAUCAGAACCAAAAACAGCUAUUACUCCUUCUUGAGAGAGAGGAAAAGGAUUAGUUUAUUUCUAGAGAAGCUCUCCUUGUAUUUGAACUCCACCAAUCCCAAAGACAUCGUGGUGACCACUCUCAGACCUGGAUCCACACUAAUCUCAUGGUACAACAGUUCGCUGUGUACAAGUGCCAACAGACCUUUCAGCUGGUGUGCAAAAGAGGAAAUCCAGGAAGCACUAAACAAACUACGAGUGCCAGAUGGAUACGUUAGCCCACGUUUCAUCCAAGCAAUGUUACCAGAAUACAAGGUUGAUGUCAUCUUCAAUAUUUCAUAUAGUGAUAACUGCUUUCCCACUACAAAGCCAUUUGGUGGAUCUUUCAACAGUACUGCGCCUAUGCUUCAAGACUGGCAUGACUCCAAUAUCAUAAAGCCCCCAUCAGCCUUACUAAGCAGUCUUUGUGUCACUGUCGGGCAACCUGUAACAGACAUCCACUGUCUCCUUCGCCUGCCCUCCCUUUAACCCUAACGCAUAAGCUCUCUGUCAGCUCCUUGUCUACCCCAAGAUGGAGCUCCGCAGACUCCAGGUGAUCAUUACGGCAAAGGCAAACGCCCUCCCCUUCCCUCGUGCCUGUCUCUCCUAAAAGUUUAUUCCCACCUAUUCCCACAUUCCAGUCCUGAGAGUCAUUCCAACAGAUCCCCUUGAUGCCAAUGACAUCAUAGCCCAGUAGGCAUGCUCAUGCCUGCCAGUCCUCCUGCUUGUUACCCAUGCUCUGAGCUUGUACUGACGUACAGGCACUUGAGCGGGACUCCCAUUGAGGCUGACUACCCAUUUUGACACUCAAAGGCCAAGUCAACAAGAGGGUAAAUGUUUUAAAGGGCACAUUUAUGCUGACCUCUUGAUUUACCUUUAUUUCUCACAAGGGUCCCAAAUUCCUCAGUGUUUGCACUGCAUCUGGGUUUCACCCUGUAACCCAAGUUACAUAGUUUCCCUUACUGGAAAAGGGAACCAUAAGUCAACCUUGAGCCAGCAUACUAAUAAGUUCUCCUGUAUUUGCUGAAGACCCUUAAGUGCAUAACUGUUUGCCUUACACUCUCCCAGGGGCUGCACACAAGGAAACAAAGCUUCUCAGAGCAGGAAAACAUAAGGUAACUAUAGUAUCACAGUGUGAUCUUACUGCCAGUUGUACAGUGCAAACUAGUGAUGAAAUCCAACUGAACGGUAUGUAUAAAAGCCACGCCGAACACAGGGCAGCCCAACAACCACCAAUACUGCUCUGACACAGCACACUAAGAAGCAGAUAGCUAGCCAAUGGAUAGUUUGUGCAGGCUAAAGAGCAUGGACAUCAGUGCAUGCUCCUACUGUUAGAAAAGUGAGCAGAGCCAGACCCAGUGAAGCAGCAGGCAGGGAGAUGAACAGUGACUAUUAAACCACAAGUGAGAAAAUGUUGCUGACCUAUUAAGGUCUUUGAAGGAACAGUGGGUGCUUUACAAAUUUAAUAGCUGUGAAAGGAUUUACUUUGUGCAUAAGCUAGUAGCAUUUGUCUCUGCAACUUUGAUUAACUUCUAAAAUAAAUAUAGUCUUCCAGCUGACAAAUCCACAUUGGCAGAAGACAACCACCUGUAAGUCAGGUCUCAUGUUUGAUGCAAAAGUCAAACCAACAGUAAUUUCCUACCACCAGAAGACGAGACAUAAGGUUGGCAAGUUAAAUAAGCUACCUUGACGUGCAGCGUAUUUAGAACUGCUGAUCAAGCUACCCCAAGCCAGGCUAUAAGAACAGAACCAACACACAUCCUGAAAUGAGACUCUGCCAUUGAUUUUUUGGGACAGACUUUAGAUGACCUUGAUGAACUUAUGAUCUUUCUGCAUUACUUUUGUCCUAUUAUUGAAUUUUUAAAUGAAAACUGGAGUGUAGUGAACAUAUAGAUUUGUUUAAGGUAAUGACUGUACUGAGGUGUGAUGGUGUGUACCAGUACUAUGGUGAAAAUGUUUAGAUGUAGUCUUGGUGUCUUUUAAAUUAUUGAGUUCAUCACUUAACUCACAAACAAGAAACACCUUUAAUUUCUACUGCAAACUAAGCUAUUGGAGGAGAAACCAGAGUUGUUUUUCAUUUCUUUUCAUCAUCCACAUUUCAAAAAUCUGGGCAGAAAGGCCAUUAAGUAGUAAGUAGUAACUUACUACUCAGUAAGUAGUAUGUCACACAAGCAACAUAUGACUUUAAAAUGAAGAUGCACAGGACUACACAUUUAAGUUUAUUUCUUGGAUAGCAAUAUCUGAUUUUCAAGAUAAGAAAAGAAGGUCUCAGACUUUAGGGGUAUCAAAAAUCAUAUACUGCUUCUGUGAAAACUACAUACAUCUUUAAAUGUUAUCAAAAUAGUAUCAGGCAAGUACUCUUUUCUCACUGCAAAAAAAUGGCCCUACAAUCAUUUAACAAAUCACACUUACUGUCUAAUUGUGGCUACCAAUAUAAAUAUACCAGCAUGAUAUUCGUGUUCUGAAUUAGUCACCAUAAAGUAUAGCCUUUCAAGUUUCAGAUUAAGAAAUAUAAACAUAUUGAGUUAGUUUUAAGACUUCUUUCUGAGCUUUUCUAUACUGACAAACUAAUAUAUCAAAGCUGCGGGACCUUCAGUUGCUUAUUCAGGCUAAAAUAAAGCAAUAGGAAUAGACCAGAGGAAAACUGAUAGAACCACUAAACUCAAGUGGAAGCACAGAAAGACUGGGAAUUAGUUUCUGAAUGAGGUUUUAAUUUUUUAUUUUUUAUCUCCAUAGCUUCAUGCCCUGCUCUUCUACAGUUGGCAUGCUGAAGGGAUCAGCUACUUGGAGGGAUUAGCAGAGAUACUUUUGAGGGAAAAAAGAAAAAAAAAAAAGACUGAUAAUCACAUUUGUCACUUCUUAGCCAUAUUUGGAUAUUCAGAAUAAGCUUCCCCUUUAUAAGCAUUAGGGCCUAAACUGGCCUAAAGCCACAGGUAAUUUGGUAAUUGGAGGUAAUUUGGAGGGUAUAUUCCAUAAAAAAAAAACAUUUAAUGGUUAGCAAAAAAUUUAUUUCUAUUUUGUUUAAAAACAGUCAAUUCCAGCAUAACAACCUGAAAGAUCUUGCUUUCUAAAGUUCAUUCCUAACAAAUUUUAAAAAGUUCUGAAGCCAACAUUUAGUCUUUAAAACCACUCACACCCCCACCCCACCACUUGCAUGAAAACCAAGACUGACAUUCUCAGCUCAGCAACAAGGUGUUCAGUGCGCGGUCUUUUCAAUAACUCUGGAUGCCUGAGAAGUUUUCUAUAAAUAAAAGUAUUAGUGAACUGAAAUUAACAGUAUCAGUUAUUUAUCAAUUGAAACUGAAGCUCUUCAAUACAGUCAGUCAGAACUGUAUUAAAUACUUAUGGAAAAGGACUUUAAAUUCAGAUCAUCUUUGACAAUUUCAUUUAGUCCUCGGCAGCAGAGGCUUUCUUCAUUCUUAGAGGUCGACUGUACAGUACUUCAGGACAGGCUAUUUGCACACCAUUCAGUGCGAUACGUGCAUUUUACAGUUCAUAGAAAAAUAGAAAUACAAAAGAGUAAAAACAAAAACAGAACAAUUGUACUAAAUGGUACCAAUUUUAACUCCAACAUCAUGGUGUUCUAUU